AUGAACGCUGACGCCAUCCGGUUUGAGGCUGUUAUAGCGCAGCUAUCCGAUCAAGGACAUCGCGAGUUUGUUCGCGACCUGCGCCGCAAGAUUGUUAAGCUCGAGGCCGACAAGAUGAAUCUACAGGCAGUAUACACGCAGGCACUCCAGGACUUGGAGGAUGAACGCCGGGAGCAUCGGCGAGCGCCCGCGGCGCCUAUUGAUGACGCGCGCCGCAAUGAUGACGCUGGCGGCGACCUGCCCACGACUAGCGGCGUUCUCAACAUCGAAACUUUCUCACUACCGACGCCUGCUUCGCAACCGAGUCCUUCGUCUGGCAGCACCCUCUCCCACGACUUCGACCCUGACUUCGAUUCCACUGUCGAACGUCUUGGUAGUGUCGACUUGUCGCACGGUGAAGGGCAAGACAAUCGCCAGCCUGAUGUCACCAGAACCGACAAGGGUAAACGGCCCGAAGUGCCACUUGACAUGAGCCGUUCGCUGCCUCGUCCGGCGAGACGGGUCUCGUUCAAUGCCACACCGGGUCCUAGCAGUGUCAGACGAUGUGAUAAGCGCCCAUUGGCGGACAUCGUCGGCUGGGAAGACACGAUGGUCCAUCGUUCGCUGGCCAAGCGCCCAAGAUCGAUGUUCUCCGAUGCAGCACGCGAGCGGAGCACCGACGAGCCAGAUGUGAGAGUCCUCGACGGUCCAAAGCCGAAGCUCAACAUCCGGCGGUUCGUAGCGGCGAACACGCGGUCCAUCUGGGACAAAGUCUGUGAUAUCACCCUGCCGCAGCUUCAGUAUGAUGGCACGGUAUAUGAGACCGGGGACAUAGUCGUCUUGAAGAGUGAUGGCGCAGCUCCCUCGGGGUCUGCUCUGGAUGGAGGCAUCGGUGUCCUCUGCAACUGGAGCACCGCGAACCCAUUUCCUGAUAGCGGCGAUUUUGUGAAGUUCGCACGCCCUCGACAUGACGACGGUGUUGUAUCCUGGAUCCUCAUCAUGUGGCUCAUGGACCCGACCGACAUACAUUAUGUUGUCAACGAAGCACCGGACGCAUCGAAAUCGGAUAUCGCGGAUGAGAGUCGUGACCUCUGGCAGUUCGACAACAGCCUGAAGAGUCUAGCAGAGCAGGUAGUGAAUCUUCCCCGGAACCGUCUGUUCCUCUCCACCGACAUGGAUUGGGUACCAGCAAUCGCGUUAGGAGGUCACCUUUCUCCAUACGAUGUUGGGCUGGCUUCACAAGGUUCUAAUCGGCGCCUCAUCAUCGACUGGCAAGGACCUGUCAUUACUGCCAAGGAGAAAUGGCUAUGUAUCCCCGGGGAUAACGAACAGAAUAGACUGUGGUACAUCUUCAGCGUGAACAAGGGCUCUUACCUCAAGAAGGACGAUGUGCCGGACGGAUGGGUAUACGAGUAA